UAAAAACAAAUACGCGAGUCCAAGUAGGCGUUCCGGUUUUCCGCGAUUUUCCGUGGUUUUUCAUAAACGCAUUGAAUAGAAGUAAGUGAAAAUGUUCACCCUUUGGUCGCUUGUCGAGGCCACACUGCUGUUCCUGAAUGCCGUGUGUAUUUUGAGUGAGGAGCGGUUCCUCUCGAAAUAUGGCUGGGGCUUAUCGUCGCAGGUGCAGGGCUUCGGAGAACCGGCAACCACCAAGGGCCAAAUUUUGAUGCUGAUACGGUCCAUACGAACGGUGGCCAAAGUUCCCCUGAUAUUGUUCAAUAUACUAGCGAUAGUGUUUAAAUUACUUCUAGGCUGACGGUGGCCUAAUGCCGCCCGUGUCCGUAUGUUAUCGAUAAAAUAAAUUAAUGCAAACCCCGCCACUUCA